AGUCCCCACGCUCCAUUUUCUCCUUCUCUCUCCUCGAAAUCGCGAAGCCUUUUAUCUCCGUCGAUUUCUCGCUUCGUCGCCUCCGCCGCACCAAUUCGAUCCCCAAAUUGGGCUAGGGUUUCGUCUCCCGACCUCGAAUUAGGCAAUAAAAUAUCUAGACAAGAAAAGUUCACCAUAAAGUUGUGAUCAUGUUUGGGCGCGCUCAGAGGAAAAGUGACAACACCAAGUAUUAUGAGAUUCUCGGUGUGCCAAAGACUGCAAGCCAAGAUGAACUUAAGAAGGCUUAUAGGAGAGCCGCUAUAAAGAACCACCCUGACAAGGGUGGCGAUCCAGAGAAGUUUAAAGAGUUGGCUCAAGCAUAUGAGGUUCUUAGUGAUCCAGAAAAGAGGGAGAUUUAUGAUCAAUAUGGGGAAGAUGCGCUUAAAGAGGGAAUGGGAGGAGGCAGCGCUUCACACAAUCCAUUUGAUAUAUUUGAGCAAUUCUUUGGUGGUGGUUCUUUUGGUGGUGGUGGUAGUUCCAGAGGUCACAGGCAAAGAAAAGGCGAAGAAGUAGUUCAUUCGCUGAAGGUUUCUUUGGAGGACUUGUAUAAUGGUACAUCUAAGAAGCUUUCCUUGUCAAGAAACGUGCUGUGCCCUAAGUGCAAAGGAAAAGGUUCGAAAAGUGGUGCAUCAGGAAGAUGCUUCGGAUGCCAAGGUUCAGGAGUGAGGACAGUGACUAGACAGAUAGGACUAGGCAUGAUCCAACAGAUGCAACAUGUUUGCCCAGAGUGCAGAGGCUCAGGCGAGGUCAUCAGCGACAAAGACAAGUGCCCAAACUGCAAGGGUAACAAAGUCGUUCAGGAGAAGAAGGUGUUGGAGGUUCAUGUCGAGAAGGGGAUGCAGCAUGGCCAGAAGAUUGUAUUCCAAGGAGAAGCUGAUGAAGCUCCUGAUACAGUAACAGGAGAUAUAGUAAUUGUCUUGCAAGUUAAAGAGCACCCUAAAUUUAAGAGGAAGUAUGAUGACCUCUACAUCGACCAUACACUCAGCCUGACAGAGGCACUUUGCGGUUUCCAAUUCACUCUCAUCCAUCUUGAUGGCCGACAGCUGCUAAUCAAGUCGAAUCCUGGGGAAGUCAUUAAGCCAGGUCAAUACAAGGCGAUCGAUGACGAGGGCAUGCCCCACCACGGCCGGCCGUUCAUGAAGGGCCGCCUCUACGUCCAAUUCAACGUCGAGCUCCCUGACUCAGGGAUGCUCUCUCUUGAUCAGUGCCGUGCACUGGAGAAGAUUCUGCCGCGUAGGCCCGGCAGCAGCCAACUGUCGGAUGCAGCGCUACAGAAUUGCGAGGAGACGACCAUGUACGACGUGGAUAUUGAAGUGGAGAUGAGGCGCAGACGGUUAGAACAGCAGCAGCAGGAAGCAUACGAUGAAGACGAGGAUGCAGCUCCAAGGGUUCAAUGCGCCCAGCAAUAGAGUUCUCUUGCACGCACCCUAUUCAGCUCGCCUUUGUUGCUGCUGCUGCUGCUGCUGCUGCUGCAGGUACUGUGUUAGUUGUACCCCGGUAUGUUUCGUACUCUUUUUAAAUGGCAGGCACUGCUUUCUUUUAGCCUUGAAGGAUUCUUUUUGUUGCUUUUGAUACUAGCGCCCAAAUUCUGGGUUCUUUUCAUUGUGUUUGUUCACGGAUCUACGGUUGGUAGUGUGUUGAACUUACUAUUAUCAUUGUUACUAAGAUCAUUAUUAUUGGUCUUACUAUUAUCAUUCUUA